AUGGUUAAUAAUAUGAAAUUAGAAGAUAUGUCAAAUGAACUUUUCUUAUGUAUUUGGGAUCAAUUAUUAAUGGUUGAUGUCAUUUAUAGUUUUUCUAAUCUUAAUAGAAGAAUUGAUGAUAUGUUAUUCGAAUUUUGUGGUCUUUACAAAGAAUUAGAUUUACGUUAUUGUUCAUUAUCAAUCUUUCGUUAUUUUUCUCAUCAAAUAGUAAUGAAACACGAAUGGCGUUUGAAUCUAACUGUCUUAAAAAUAGGUACUCGAUAUAGAUGUUCUCAAAUGACUUUACUAGCCGAUGAAGUGAUAAAGUUCUUUGUAAAAAAUUCUUUUAUAGAACAAAAUAAACAAUACAAUAAUUCAUCAAGAACUUUAUUUCAUAUGAUAACUUCACUGAAGAAGAAGAAUACAAAAUCAAUAUUUCCUCAAUUAAAUACUUUAAUUGUUUCUCAGAAUACAACAAUGAAUGGAAAUUGUCGAGAUAUUUUUCUAUAUGCUAUUGCAUAUGGAUCAAAUCUACGUACAUUAAAGUGGAUAACUUGUUCAUUUCAAACUCACCAUUCCAAAUCAUUUUUUGAUUGGUUAUUUCAAUGUUCAAUUAAUUUGAAUAAAUUUCAAUUUGAAAACCCAACAAGUGAAAACGGCGAUUAUAUUGAAGCAAAAGAUGAUCUUGAUGAACAUUUGCCAAAAACUAUCAAUCAUUCAAUUGAACUUCAUACUUUAAAAUUCAGAAUAUUAAAAAUAAAAGGACGAGGUUGUUAUAAAAUUGAAAAUUUAAUAUUAAGAUUUGUUCAAUCACUUGAAAAUCUAUCCAUAUCAAUGUAUCAUCGAUGUGAUAAUGAACCUCAUCUAAAUUAUAAUGGUUAUUAUCUUAGUAUUCUUUGUGAGAAAUUAAAACAUCUGCGAUCAUUACAUUUUGCUAUUCAAAUCCAAUUAUUUGAAAAAGCUGAUAGAAAUAUAAUUAACCAUUUUACAAAAACAUUUUCUACACCUUUUUGGCUCAAUGGACCUUUUGGAUAUAAACGAGUUUGUGUAGAUUUUGAACAAACCUAUGGUCUUAUACAAAUGUUUUCUCUUCCAUACACUUUUAAUGAUAUCACAUUAAUUCAUUCAAUCGAUUUAAUUAAUAUACAAUUUAAUACUGAUUUAGAAGAAAAUAAAAGAUCACAAAGUUUAACUCAAGAACUUGAAACUCUUUGGUCUGGAAUGGAUCGAUUAUUUUUACGUUUUGAUAAAAAUCAAAUAUUAUCUUCAUUAUUUAUUCAAGCUUUACAAUGUCCAUCUACUCAAAAUAAAACAUUAGUAUUUUCGCAAAAGAGAGGAAUUAUAUCACAAAAUAUAGCAAAUCAAAUUCAAUUAACACAUUUUAAUGUACUUGAAUUAGGUGGUUCAAUUGAUACAAAUAUUAAUUAUAACCUUGAAGAUCGUUUUCCUCAAUUAAAAUGUUUACGUUUGAUGAGUUGCAAAAAUAUUUCAUCAUCAUGGCAAAAUAUCGAUCAAUGGAUUAGUUUUAUUCUUACUCAUAUUAAUGAACAUCAAUUAACAUGCGUUCGCUUUGAUUUUAUUGAAAACGAAAACAAAAUAACUGAAAUGAAUAUAUGUAAUCAAAUGAUUAGAAUUCUUCAAUCAUCAUGGAUUAUCGAUAUUCAUCAAAUUGUACAAGAUAAUCAUAUUGCAUUAUGGAUCGAUCGACGAAAAAAGUAUUUCUCAUCAAUAAAAUAA